CGUCGCUGUGUAACCUAACUUCGUUGCUCUGUUUUACUGACCGGAGGACAUGUCUGGUCGCGGCAAAGGCGGGAAGGGCCUGGGCAAGGGGGGCGCCAAGCGCCACCGCAAGGUGCUGCGCGACAACAUCCAGGGCAUCACCAAGCCCGCCAUCCGGCGGCUGGCCCGGCGCGGCGGCGUGAAGCGCAUCUCCGGCCUCAUCUACGAGGAGACCCGCGGGGUGCUCAAGGUGUUCCUGGAGAACGUGAUCCGGGACGCCGUCACCUACACGGAGCACGCCAAGCGCAAGACGGUCACGGCCAUGGACGUGGUGUACGCGCUCAAGCGCCAGGGCCGCACCCUCUACGGCUUCGGGGGCUAAGACUUUGCGUACGAGAAGUGAAUUCUUUGCCAACCCUAAAGGCCCUUUUCAGGGCCACCUAUCCAUGCACUAGAAGGAGCUAGCGGCG